AUGCUACAUUACGCGCUGGCCACCCACAUCGCUAGGCCACCCACGUUGCCAGCUGCUAAACAACUGCUAUUCAGAUUUUCUUAUAUAAGCAUGGAUUAUACAGAUCGUAUUGACUUGGAAGAAAAUGACGGCUAUGUCCUUCCUCGACAUGAAGGGAAUAUGCACGGCGAAAUCCUGGACGAAAAUUGCAUGCAAAGGAGCUGCUGGAUGGCGCAAAUUGCGCAGCGCCGUCUGUGCUUUCAAUUCGAGCAGGAAAGGCCGUAA